AUGGGGCAAAGAGUAAUCAUAUACACGGGAGAAAAGGACUUACUUGUAAAUGUAAUAUUAUUACUAUAUAUUCACCUGAAACUUUGGCACACAAGCAAUGUGGGAUUAAACCUACAUCACACCUUCCCCAGAAUUCUUUAAUAAUUUCAAUACCUACAAUACCCCUUAUUUAUAAUAGAGAUAUACCAUGAUGACAUCAUUUUAUAAGGGUAUUAGAGUACUUAUGUCAAUCUCUCUCAUAUAAGUGGGCAACCAAUGUGGCUUUGAAUCCUCCUAGAACUAAAACUCAUAUUUUUUAUUUGAUUAUCAUGACUUUCUUGCAAAUUGUUGGUGAAGGAUUAAGCUGCUAGAAUUGCUAGAUCAUCAACAAAAGUUUCGUCAAUGUGAUUUGUGGAGUAUUGUUACUAAAAUUACAAAACGAUUCACGAUAAAAGUAUCACAAAUUCAUCAAGUAAAGUAUCUCUGAUUGAUUGAGGAACAAACCAUUGUUGGGAAGAGGACAAUUCACUAGGAGACGAGUCGCCACCUCUUGAAAACAUAUCAGAUGCGAUAAAAAGUUUUCUCUUGCUACACAAACUUAAGGAUGAAGCUUCCUAACAUGCACCUCACUUCCAUCCAGCUCCUCUCCAUUAGGUGACAAUCAUCAGAGAGUCAUAAAGUCACUAUUUUUCUGCUCCACUCAGGUGACAACCACCAGAGACAAUUCGACAACCCAUUUCAUUGAUCUUUAAACUUUGCAAAGAGAUCUAAAGAUUAUCCACGCUGUUCUUGUCCAAGGAGAGCCUUCGAGGCUGUGGACACUACACGAUGAUUUAAUGACCUAUUUUAUUGAUCUCUAGACUUCAAAAGAAGAUGUAGAGAUUGCCCACAUUGUCUUUGUCCAAAGAAAGCUUUUGAGGCUAUAGACACUACACAACAAUCCUCUCAAACACUCAAGAUUUUAGUAGAUCACCAACACAUCACCGUCGCGAUGCUGGAAAUCUAUUUUCUUACUUUCAACUUAAUUUUCACUUUAUUUAGUGAUAAUUUGUGUGAUUUAAAUUUACUUAAAUAUACUUCAUUCAAUUAUGAUUCUUUUAACUUUUACAAAUCUUAAUUUAAUCAAUUAAAUCAUAUGUAAUCACUUAUGUAAGAAUCAUCAGGUGAAACUUUAUUUUUGCCUGAUUUGCAUUCACCCGGCACUGAUGUCAUCUUGACGUCCGCACCCUUAUUUUUCUAUUUCAUGAAUUUUAAUAUAUUUCAUUUUUAUUUCUUAGUAUAAAAUUCAGAAAAAAAAAUAUUCUUUGAGGAAAAUUCUGAAUAAUUAUCCAAUAUUAUAUUACAUCCCUAUGAUUGACCUAAAAAAAUUACCAUUAUUUUUAGAAGUUUUAUUGAAUUAUAAUUUAUAUAUUUUUUUCAAAAAUACUUCUAAAUAUCUGAAAAUGUGUAUUUUUAAGUUUUAUAAAUUUUUAAUUUACGUGAUUUACUAUAAAAUAAUUAAGUCACAUCAAAUUUUGGCAUUAUUUUCAGAGAUGUAUUACAUAAUAUUUAGUAUUUUUCUCUUAGGGUACGUAAAAAAAUAUUUAACUCUUAUUUUAUUUUCUUCUUGUCAAAUUUUUUUUUUUAAAAAAGAACAAAGCGAAGUGACGUGACUUAGUCGUUGUAUAUUAAAUCACGCAAAUAUAAAAUUUAUUAAACUAGAAAAUACGAGUUUUCAGAUAUUUAGAAGUGUUUCUAAAUAAAUAUAUCAAUUAUAAUUCAGUAAAACUUCCAAAAAUAGCGAUAAUUUCCCAGGUCUAUCACAGGGAUGUAAUAUAAUAUUUUGUAAUUAUUCAGAUUUUUUCUCAAUGAAUAUGAUUUUUUAUAAAUUUUACACUAAGAAAUAAAAAGGAAAUAUAUUUAAAAUUUAUGAAAAAAAAGGAAGUAACGGGUGUGGACAUCAAGAUGACGUCAGCACCCGGCGAAUGCGAAUCGAGCAGAAAUAGAGUUCCGCCUGGCAAUUCUUACGUAAGCGAUUACAGAUGAUUUAAUUAAUCAAAUUAAAAAUUGUAAAAGUUGGAAGAAUCGUAAUUGAACGAAGUAUCAUUUGGUAAAUUAAAAUCACACAAAGUAUCACUAAAUGAAGCGUAAAUUAUAUUGAAAGUAGAAAAAUAAAGUUCUGGCAUCGCGACGGCAAUGCAUCAGCAAUGCACCGGAAUCUUGAGCAUUUGGGAGGAUCGCCAUGUAGUAUCCACAGCCUUGAAGGCUCUCCUUGGACAAAGACGACGUGGGCAAUCUCUAGAUCUUCUUGCAAAGUCUAGAGAUCAAUGAAGUGGGUCGUUACAUCGUCUCCAGUGGCUGUCACCCGGUGGAGCGGAAAAAUGGUAACUUUGUAGCUCUCUGGUGGCUGUCACCCGACGGAGAGGAGCUAGAUGGAGGUGGGGCGCGUGUUAGGGAGCUUCAUCCUCAAGUCCGUGUAGCAAGAGAAGGCUCUUCAUCGCAUCUGGUACGCUCUCAAGAGGUGGUGACUCGUCUCCUGGCGGAUCGUCCUCUUCUUGACGACGGCUUGUUCGUCGAUCAAUCGGAGAUGAUUUACUCGAUGGAUUUGCGAUCCUUUUAUCGCGAAUCGUUCAACAAUUUUAGUAGCAAUGCUCCACGAAUCACGUUGACGAGAUUUUUGCUGAUGAUCCAGUGAUUCUCAUUGCUUAAUCCUUCACCGGCGAUCUACAGGAAAGUCACGAUAAUCAGAUAAAAAUAUAUGAAUUUUGACUCUUGGAGGAUUCAAACCCGCGCUGGUCGCCCACCUCUUUUGAGGAAGGUGUGACAUGGGUUUAGUCCCACAUCGAUUGUGUGCCAACUUUUCGGGCGAAUAUAUAGUAAUGUUAGCUUUGUAAGCAAAGUCUCUUCUCUCGCGUGUACGACCACUCCUUGCCCCACAGCCGGCUGGCCACCGGUGACGUGGAAGGGGAGUGGUGUACACGUGCCCUAUUGGUCCCCAAGUCAAGCCGCUCGAGCCCCUACUCGCGGCUACUCCCCGACUACGCUUCUGACCCACUUGCAGGCCCGGCUGGCCAGCGGGUCCCCCCAUUUUUGUAAUAUUUUUAUUUUUAUUUCUUGUUCUUCAUUUAUCUCAAAAGUAAGACUGUAAAAAUCUUAUAAAAUCACAUAAUUACCCAAAAAUUCACGUUAAUCAACUGAAAAUUACAAAUCAUUUUUUAACACAAAUAUAAGUCUAUUUAUCAUGAGUUAAGGCUAAAAAUAUAUUAUUUACUAAUUAUUAACUCAUGAUAAUGAAGACUUAUCUAGAAGCAAGGCAAGGACUAAAGCAUACUGAAGGAGAGUAACAAUUACUAAACUUUUUUCUUAAACUUAUUUAUUUUUUAUGCAUGGUAGAAGAUCCUUGCAUCCAAGGCUAGAAAAUCCUUUCAUUAUUUCAUUCAAAACUAAAAAUUCGAAAGAAAAAUUAAUUUUGAUAGAUCCUAAAGGAAGUACAGGUCAAAUUGAAAACAAUCCUAUGACCAUGAAAAAUCAUUAUAUCCCUACUUCAUUUCAAAGAGCAUCUAAUAUUAGAGUCCUAUUAGCACCCUGACGUGACUCAGUCGUUGUAUAUUAAAUCACACAAAUAUAAAAUUUAUAAAACUAGAAAAUACGAAUUUUCAGAUAUUUAGAAGUAUUUCUAAAUAAAUAUACUAAUUAUAAUUCAAUAAAAAUUCCAAAAAUAGCGGUAAUUUUCCAGGUCGAUCAUAGGGAUGUAAUAAAAUAUCUGGUAAUUAUUCAGAAUUUUUCUCAAUGAAUACGAUUUUCUUACGAAUUUUAUACUAGGAAAUAAAAAGGAAAUAUAUUUAAAAUUCACAAAAAAAAAGGAAAUAAGGGUGCGGGCGUCAGGAUGAUGUCAGUGCCCAGCAAACGCGAAUCAGGUGAAAAUAGAGUUCCGCCCGGCGAUUCUUACGUAAACGAUUACAAAGGACUCAAUUAAUCAAAUUAAAAUCUGUAAAAGCCGGAAGAAUCGUAAUUUAACGAAGUAUAGUUUGGUAAAUUAAAAUCACACAAAGUAUCACUAAAUGAAGUGUAAAUUAAAUUGAAAGAAGGAAAACAAAGUUCCGGCGUCACGACGGCGAUGCGUCGGCGAUGCACUAGAAUCCUGAGCGUUUGGGAGGAUCGUGCAGUGUCUAUAGCCUUGAAGGCUCUCCUUGGAUAAAGACGACGUGGGCAAUCUCUAGAUCUUCUCGCGAAGUCUAGAGAUCAAUGAAGUGGGUCGUCGAAUCGUCUCCGGCAGCUCUCACCCGGCAGAGCGGAAAAAUAGCGACUUUGCAGCUCUCUGGCGGCUGUCACCCAAUGGAGAGGAGCUGGAUGGAGGUGAGGCGUGUGUUAGGGAGCUUCAUCCUCAGGUCCGCACAGCAAGAGGAGGCUCUUCAUCGCAUUUGGUAUGCUCUCAGGAGGUGGCGACUGGUCUCCCGGCGGAUCAUCCUCUUCCCGAUGACGGCUUGUUCGUCGAUCAAUUGGAGAUGAUUUACUCGAUGGAUUCGCGAUCCUUUUAUCGCGAAUCGUUCAGCAAUUUUAGUAGCAAUGCUCUGCGAAUCGCGUUGACGAGAUUUUUGCCAAUGAUCCAGCGAUUCUCAUUGCUUAAUCCUUCACCGGUGAUCUGUAGGAAAGUCGCGAUAAUCAUAUAAAAAUAUAUGAAAUUUGACUCUGGGAGGAUUCAAACCCGCGCCGGUCGCCCGCCUCUUCUGAGGAAGGUGUGAUGGUGGUUUAGUCCCACAUCGGUUGUAUGCCGAUUUUUCGGGCAAAUAUAUAGUAAUGUUAGCUUUGUGAGCAAAGUCCCUUCUCUCACGUGAAUGACCACUCCUUGCCCCACAACCGGCUGGCCACCGGUGACGUGAAAGGGGAGUGGCGUACGCGUGCCUUGUCGGUCCCCAAGCCAAGCCGCUCGAGCCCCUGCUCAUGGCUUACUCCCUGACUGCGCUUCCGACCCGCUUGCGGGCCCGGUUGGCCGGCGGGUUCCCCCAUUUUUGCAAUAUUUUUAUUUUUAUUUGUUCUUCAUUUAUCUCAAAAGUAAGACUGUGAAAAUCGUAUAAAAUCACAUAAUUACCCAAAGAUUCAUGUUAAUCAAUUGAAAACCAAAAAUCAUUUUUUAACACAAAUAUAAGUCUAUUUAUCAUGAGUUAAGGCUAAAACUAUAUUAUUUACUAAUUAUUAACUCAUGAUAAUGAAGACUUAUCACACCCACUAUUAAAUUUGAAAUAAAUUUAAGAAUUUUUCAAAUGCUCCCUAAUUUUCAUGGAUUACCUUUAGAGAAACCUCAUCAGCACUUACAAAAAUUUCAUAUGAUCUGUGACUUAGUUAAUCUCCCUCAAGUUACACCAAAAAUUAUUAAGAUGAAAUUAUUUCCUCAUACACCUAGGAACAAAGCUAGUCAUUGGCUAUCCACAUUAGAUAAAGAACUAACUAACUAAAAAUAUGAGAAAAUAUAUUCAAAAUUUUAUUCUUUGGGAAAAAUUCAAAAUAUGAGAAAAUAUAUAUAAAGUUUUUCUCAAAGACCAGGAGAAACUUUACAUGAGACAUGGGAAAAAUUCAAAGAUUUACUUAUAAAGUGUCCUUAUCAUGCUAUACCCAAGUGGCAACUCAAUAGAAUUUUUUAUGAUGGAUUAUUAGAACAAUAUAGAAAUAUAGUUGAUUUGAUAUGUGGAGGAGCUUUUAUAGAGAAAACUCCUGAUGAGAUUUACAAUCUUUAUGUGAAUUUAAGUGAAAAUUCUAGAGAUCAAGCCCCUUUUGAAUUAUAUGACAAAGAUAACAAGAGAGGAAUUUAUGAAUUACAUCAUGAUGAUGAUUCUAAUUUAAGAAAUGAGGUUAAUAAAAUUAAUCAAAGAUUAGAAAAACUUGAUUUACUUAUUGAGGAUAUUAGAAAGCCUCUUAACCUUCAAUUGAAUGCAUAUAGUGCAUGUUUUAUGUAUAGUGAAAAUGAUAAUUUUGAAUUUCAAUAUUAUAAUUUAGAUCAAUCAUUCCUAAGCAAGAGCAAGUCUAAGUAACCCACAAUUUUAGUAAAAAUAAGAAGUAUUUUUCUAAUUCUUAUAAUCCUAAUUGGAGAAAAAAAAUUCAUAGAGAAACCCAAAUAAUAUUCAAAAUAUAAAAGCACUUAGAUCCAAUUCAAAAUUUGAAUUUCAUCCGAAACGAGAACAUAGAUUUUAGAAAAAUCAGCCCUCUCAAAUCCAACUUGAUGCUAUGGAAAUGAUACAACAAAUGAGUCAAAUGAUGUUACAUCAAAAACAAAUUAUAGAAGAUUUUGAGAAUAGGAGAGAAGAGGGACAGCCACCUAGUCAGCUCAUAGAAAAUUUAGGAAAUUGUCUAAGAGUAGGAUUUAAGUAAAAAGAGUCUAGCUGAAUAAAUUUAAGAAAAAACCCACAAAAUAAAAAUAUUAAGAUAGCGAAUACAUUGGGUGAGAAUAUUUUACUUGAUCCUUAUUUCCAAUUAUUAGAAGAAAUCGAUGAGUCAUUAGAAGUAAUGAGAAUAUUAAGGCUGAGAAUAUAAUAGCAAAAAAUUUGAAUAAAAUUAUUUAUUGCUCACAAUUGAUGAAUGAAUAUAGUGAGGAUGAUGAGGAGAAAGAGCCCUUAGAUGAAAAAAUAAUAGCUGAUCAUAGAAGAAUCAUCUAAAUUUUAGUAAAAAGAAUAAGGAUAGAAAUAAAGAAAAACAUAUUUCAGGUGAGGAAAAAUUAAUUAAUUUGAGAGAUGUAGGAGAUGAAAUUAAUAAAUAUAAUCAUAAUUUUAUAGCUAUAGCUGUUGAUCGUAAAGAUGAUGAUAUAUAUCAUAUAUUAAAAUUAAAAGAUAGCUCUUGGGAAGAUGAAGAAUUUGAUGAGUUGAGAAAUGAAAAGCUAGAAAAAGAGUUGAUUCAACUAAUGAGGAGAAACGAAAAUAAUGAAUAUGAAUAUAAAGAUAAUUUUAGAGGAGAAAAUUUGAAUUUUGCUAAAUUCAUUAGAUUUGAGAUUAAAGAAGACAAUCUUUCCAUCCUUCAAAACUCACAGCCCAUUAGAAUUAUUUCUAAGCUUAAAAUAUUUCACUCCUCGCAAAUUGAACAAGUAUGUAUGGAAGAUAAAAUAGAGCACAUGAAGAUUAUACAGAUAAAAUAACACAUUAAGAAAUGAGUAAGUAGAAGAAUUAAAGAUAUCAAUUUAAAUAAAAAAAAUCUAGAUUGAGUAAGAGCUAAUUUAAAAAUUAUAUGGCUUGAUCACAUUUUUUGGUCUAUUAAUAGAAAGUAUUUAUUAAUAAAUGAGAGCCUUACAAAAUAAGAUAGAAAUGAGGAAAGGUUUUUUCAAAAUGAAAAUAUUAUUUUUGGAAAAAUUUAUUAAUUUUUAUUUUGUUUUGGGUGAAAGUAUGUCAAGGUAUAUAUAUGAAGUAUAUGAAUUUAUGUUAAAUCUAAAAAAGAAUAUUAUGAAACUUACCUCGAGAUACAAAUAUAUUUUGAUGGCCAUAGAUUAUCUUAUAUGAUCUAAGAGCUGUUCAACUAAAGAUAUUAAAUUCAGCACUAUAUGGAAGGCAACCCAUGGUUUUUAUUUCAUUCUGUUUGAAUUUUUUUUAAGCUCUAUUUUUUUUAGAAUUUUGUAGUACUUGUUUCUGUAUUUUUUUUGUCGAAAAAGUGCAGGAGGACUGUAAGAUGAAGUGAAAAAUUAAAAAUGAGGUUGAGGUGAUGUCCUUCUCGCAUUUCAAUCCCCUAGACAUAUAUUACUAAAAUUCAAAAUUACAACUAUAAAGAAGAUAGUUUUGAUUUAGUUUUGAAAAAUUUAUUGUUACUAAAAAUAGAAUUGAAAAUAGAAAGCAAAACUAUCAGAACUAUCUAAUUUAUAAAUUUCUUACAUCAUAUUACAUAGACAAAAAAUUAAAUCAAUUAGAUUGAUUGAUAUCAAAAGAUACUUGGAGGAUUAUUAUUGAGUCAAAAGAAUGAUCUAGUAGCAUGAAAUGUUGGAAUACUUGUUGGAUACAUGAUAUAUAAUAUGGAUUUGAUUUUAUAAGUUUUCACUUCAUUCUUGAUAGAUAGUAUUCACUUGAUGUGAAAAUUUGAUUGAUUAUUUGAGUUUAAUAAAGAUUUUUGCACCCUAAUCUAUAAGACUUGUGAGGAGAAAUCACUUAUUUCAAAAAAAAUAACUCCAAGAUCAUAACUUCAAGAUUCUAGAUUUGCAAUGUCCAUGAUUUUUCUAUGCCCUCAAAAGGUUUUCUGUUACUUCUCAUCAAAACUCUUGUUCAUCUUGACCAUUGUACUAUUCAUUAUGUGUCCUUAAUCAAAUACUUAAGCUAAGUUCAUCAAAGGAGUGUAUUUUCUAUUUUACUUAGCUCACUCAUCCCCCCUAUUAAAACUUCAUCAUUGUCUACAAUGAUUGAAUAAUAAAUGCAGACAAAAAUUCAGAAGAAUGCAAGCUAGAAAGAACACAAUCAUAAGGGUAUGAAAAGUAAUAAAUUCAGGUGGGGUGGAAGCUCAAUCACUUGCUAGUCUCUUCCACACAGCCAAUGUUUUCUACAAUCAAUUCAAUUGGGAAAUGUAAUUUUGAUUGUAGAAACUAAACUAGAAGAGAAUUCAAAUGACAAUAAGCAAAAAAAGGAAAAAUAGUAGGGUUGCCUCCCUAGCAGUGCUAAGUUUAAUGUCAUCAGCUGGACAACAAUACAUCUCAUGUUAUAUUUUGUAAAUUAUUUUUAUCUACCUCUCUCUUGUCAUGAUGCUCAAGAUAUGCUUUAAUUUGCUAUCCACUCACUUUAAAAUAAUUGUUAGAUCCUAGACCUCUAAGUGUGGCUACCCCAUACUCAUUUAAAUUUUCUAAAGUAUAUGGCUCAUCCCAUCUACUCCUCAAUUUUCCUAGAAAUAAUUUGAACUUUGAAUUGUAUAACCAUACUUUUUGACCAGGUGAAAAUUGCUGCCUAGUGAUGUACUUGUCAUGAAAUCCUUUAGCCUUUGCUUUAUAAAUCCUCGCAUUUUCUUAUACUUUAUUCCUUAACUCAUCCAAUUCCUACAUUUCAAGAAGUCAUUUUUCUCUAGUUGCUGCCAUGUCCAUGUUGAUUUGCUUGAUAGCCCAAUACACCUUAUGCUCCAUUUACACGGGUAAGUGACAUGCCUUGUUGUAGAUGACGUAACUCAGUCAUUGUAUAGUAAAUCACACAAAUUUAAAAUUUAUAAAACUAGAAAAUAUGAUUUUUCUGAUAUUUAGAAGUAUUUCUGAACAUAUAUAUCAGUUAUAAUUCAAUAAAACUUUCCAAAAAUAGCAAUUUCUAAGUCGAUCACAGGGAUGUAAUAUAAUAUCUGGUAAUUAUUCAAAAUUUUUCUCAAUGAAUACGAUUUUCUAUGAAUUUUAUACUAGGAAAUGAAAAGGAAAUAUAUUUAAAAUUCAUGAAAAAGGGAAAUAAGGGUGCAGACGUCAGGAUGAUGUUAACGCCCGACGAACAUGAAUCGGACAAAAAUAGAGUUCUAUUCGGCGAUUCUUAUAUAAGUAAUUACAAAUGAUUUAAUUAAUCAAAUUAAGAUUUGUAAAAGCUAGAAGAAUCAUAAUUGAACAAACUAUAUUUUGAUAAAUUUAAAUCACAAAAAUUAUCACUAAAUGAAGCGUAAAGUAAGUUGAAAGUAAGAAAACAGAGUUCUAGUGUCGCGACGGCAAUGAAUCGGUGAUGCAUCAGAAUCUUGAGCAUUCAAGAGGAUUGUCGUGUAGUGUCUACGGCCUCAAAGGCUCUCUUUGGAUAUAGACGAUGUGGGUAAUCUCUAGAUCUCCUUGUGAAGUUUAGAGAUUAAUAAAAUGAGUCGUCAAAUUGUCUUUGGCGGCUAUCACUUGAUGGAGUGGAAAAAUGGCGACUUUGCGACUCUCCGGUAGUUGUCACCCAAUGGAGAGGAGCUGGAUGGAGGUGGAGUGCGUGUCAAGGAGCUUCAUCCUUAGGUCCGUGGAGCAAGAAGAGGCUCUUCAUCGCAUCUGGUAUGCUCUUAAGAGGUGGGAACUUGUCUCCUAGCAGAUCGUCUUCUUCUCCACGAUGACUUGUUUGUCGAUCAAUCAUAGAUGCUUUACUCGAUGGAUUCACGAUCCUUUUAACGCAAAUUGUUCAGCAAUUUUAGUAACAAUGCUCCGUGAAUCAUGUUGACAAGAUUUUUGUCGAUGAUCUAGUGAUUCUAGUUACUUAAUCUUCACCGACGAUAUGCAAGAAAGUCAUGAUAAUCAGAUAAAAAAAAUAUGAGUUUUGACUUUAGGAGGCUUCGAACCCUCACCGGUUGUCUGCCCUUUCUGAGGAAGGCGUGAUGUGGGUUUAGUCCCAUAUCGAUUGUGCACUGAUUUUUCGGGUGAAUAUAUACUAAUGUUACAUUUUUUAUUAAGUCCCUUCUCUCGCAUGUACGACCACUCCUUGCCUCACAGCCAGCUGGCCACUAGUGACGUGGAAGGGGAGUGGUGCACACAUAUCCCUAUCAGUACAAGCCACUCGAGCCCUUGCUCGCGACUACUCCCUAACUGAGCUUCCGACUCGCUUGUGGGCCCAGCUGGCCGGUGGGUCCACCUUAUUUUGUCUUAUUUUUAUUUUUUAUUUCUUUUUCUUCAUUUAUCUCAAAAGUAAGAUUGUAAAAAUCAUAGAAAUUCAUGUAAAAUCACAUAAUUAUCCAAAAAUUCACAUUAAUCAACUGAAAACUACAUUUCACACUUAAACACAAAUAUACGUCUAUUUAUCACGAGUUAAGGCUAAAAUUAUAUUAUUUACUAAUUAUUAACUCAUGAUAAUGAAGACUUUUUAGUAGACCAUCCUAAAUUGUGAAGCUCCUAAUGGUAUUUUGUAUGUGGUUCUAUAAGCCCACAAUGUAUCAUCAAGAUGGAAGGCCCAAUCCUUUCGAUUGAGAGAGACUAGUGAUAAGUCUUCAUUAUUAUGAGUUAAUAAUUAGUAAAUAAUAUAUUUUUAACCUUAACUCAUGAUAAAUAUACUUAUAUUUAUGUUAAAUUGUGAAAAGUGGUUUUCAAUUGAUUUGUAUGAUUUUUAUGAAUUUGUAAUUAUAUUUUCAAUGAAUUUGUAUGAUUUUUAUAGUCCUAGUUUUGAGAUAAAUGAAGAAAAAGAAAUUAAGUAAAAAUAUAGCAAAAUAAGGGGACUCAUUGGCUAGCUAGGCCCACAAGUAGGUUGAAAGUAUAGUCAAGGGGAGCAGCGAGCAGGAGCUCGAGCAGCUAGGACUGAUGGGGAUACGUGUGCGCCACUCUCCUUUCACAUCACUGGUGGCCAACUGGCUGUGGGGUAGGGAGUGGUUCUACACCCGAGAGAAAGGGACUUAUUGCUUGGGAAAUGUGAUAUUAGUAUUUAUUCACCCAAAACUUCGGUGCACAAACGAUGUGGGACUAACCUAUGUCACACCUUCCCCUAAAAGGCUUCAAAGGCAGGCAAUCAGUGCGGGUUUAAAUCCUUCCAUAGCUAAAAUAUAUUUUUUAUCUGAUUAUUACAACUUUCUUACAAAUUGUCAAUGAAAGAUUGAGUCGUUAUAAUCACGGGAUCAUCAACAAAAAUCUCGUCAACAUGAUUCACAGAGUAUUAUUACUAAAAUUAUUGAACAAUUCGUAAUAAAAAGAUCACGAAUCCAUCAAGUAAAACAUCUCCGAUUGAUUGACGAACAAAUUGUUGUUAAGAAGAGGAUGAUCCACAAAAAGAUGAGUCAUCAUCUCCUAAGAGCAUACCGGAUGUGAUGAAGAGCCUCUUCUUGUCACACAAAUCUGAGGAUGAAGCUCCCUAACAUGCACCCUACCUCUAUUUAGCUCCUCUUUGUCAAGUGGCAGCUGUUAAAGAGUCGCAAGGAGAUGAUUCGAUGACCCAUUUCAUUAAUCUCUUGACUUUACAAGGAGAUCUAGAAAUUAUUUCUAUCGUCCUUGUCCAAGAAGAGCCUUUGAGGCUAUAGACACUACAUGACGAUCCUCCUAAAUGCUUAAGAUUCUGGCGCAUCAUUAACGCAUCACCACUACAACACGGAAACUUUAUUUUUCUAUUUUCAACUUAAUUUUUACUUUAUUUACUGAUAAUUUAUAUAAUUUAAAUGUACCAAGCUAUACUUUAUUCAGUUACAAUUCUUCUAGUUUUUAUAGAUCUUAAUUUGAUCAAUUAAAUCAUCUAUAAUCGCUUACAUAAAAAUUGUCAAAUAGAACUUUAUUUUUGCUCAAUUCACACUUGUUAGGAGUUGACGUCAUCUUGACGUCUGCACCCUUAUUUUCCUUUUUUUUGAAUUUUAAAUAUAUAUAUAUAUAUAUUUUUAUAGUAUAAAAUUCAUAAAAAAGUUAUAUUCUUUAAGUAAAAUUCUAAAAAAUUACCCAAUAUUAUAUUACAUCCCUAUGAUCGACUUAGAAAAUUACCACUAUUUUUGGAGGUUUUAUUGAAUUAUAAUUGAUAUAUUUAUUUAGAAAUACUUUUAAAUAUUUGAAAAUUAGUAUUUUCUACUUUUGUAAAUUUUAAAUUUGUGUGAUUUACUAUACAAUGACUAAGUCACGUCAACCACCUUUUGCAAAAUCAAUUUAAUCACAUGGUUAGCUAAUUCAAUUUUGUCAUUUGAUUUUGGAUGAUAUGGUGUGGUGAGUCUAUGUUGAACUUCAUAUUUGGACAGAAAAUUCCAAAAAUGUAUAUUUGUAAAAUGUGUGCCAUUAUGACUAAUAAUAGCACAUGGACACCCAAAUCUCGAUAAAGUAUUACUUCGAAUAAAUUUUAUAACAAUUUUGCUAUCAUUUGUGCAAGUAGGCAUUACUUCCACCAACUUUGACACAUAAUCUACUACAAGUAAAAUAUAUUCAUAUCCACAUGAAGGAGAGAAUGGAUCUAUAAAGUCAAUUCCCCUUAUAUCAAAAAUCUCAACUGCUAAAAUAGGCUAUAAUGGCAUUGCAUCUUUCUUUUUGAUAUUAACAAUUGAUUGACAUUUAAUGCAAUGUUGACUAAAUACAUGUGCAUCUUUAAAUAAAGAGGGCUAGAAAAAACCACUUUGUAAGACUUUUGCAAUUAUCUUUCAUCUUGCAAAAUGGCCUCCACAUUGUAGGAAAUGACAAAAUUCUAAGAUUUUACCUUGUUCUUCAUCUAGAACACAGAGUCAUAGGAUCUAGUCUUCACCUAAAUAAAACAAAUUAAGAUCAUUCUAGAGAAUCUUAGAUUUACUUUAGCAGCAAAUUUCUUUAGCUCUCUCUCUUCCAUACUACAAGCAUUUUCUAUGUAGCUAAAUAAUUAACAAUCUCAGCAAACCAUUAUAUAUUUUUUAGUUUGGAUUGAUAAAAUCUGCUUAUCUGAAAAAGCAUCAUUUAAAAAUAGAUUGCUCAUUAUGUACAAUACGAGAUAAAUGAUCAGCCACAACAUUUUUGAAUUCUUUCUUAUCAUGGAUUUCAAUAUCAAACUCAUGUAAUAAUAAAUUUUGUCCAAUAAUUGUGGCUUUGCUCCUUUCUUUUCUAACAAGUAUUUCAAUGUUGCAUGAUCAGAAUACACAAUCACCUUUGAUCUAAUAGUAUAUGUUCUGAAUUUUUCUAAUGUAAACACCACUACCCAUAAUUCUUUUUGAGUGGUAGUGUAAUUAAUUGUGCAUCUGUAAUAGUGUUGCUAGCAUAAUAAAUAACCACAAGAUCUAUUUGCUGCCCUAAGACUGCACCAAUUACAAAAUUAGAUGCAUCACACAUUAUUUCAAAUAGCAUGGACUAGUUCAGUGUUUGAAUGAUUGGUGCUUCUAUCAAGGUUGUCUAAAGAGUCAUAAAUGAAUUAAUACAUGCUUCUUCAAAAUGAAAUGAACUGUCCUUAGACAACAAAGAUGUCAAUGGCCUAGUUAUUUUAGAGAAAUUAUUAAUAAAUUGUCGAUAGAACUCAGCAUGUCAAAGAAAUGCUCUAAAUUGUUUGAUUGACUAUAGUGGAGGCAGAUUGACAAUAGCAUCAAUCUUGCUUUGUCCACCUCAAUCCCUCUCUCACAAACAACAUGUACUAGGACUAAUCCUUGCACCAUAGAAUGACUCUUUUCCUAGCUUAAAACUAAGUAAAUGAUGCACCAAAAAUAGAAAAAUCAUCCAUGAAAAUCUCUAAAAAAUCACCAAUCAUGUCUAAAAAGAUGGACAUCAUGCACCACUAAAAAGUGGCCAGGGCAUUACAUAGUCCAAAAGGCAUUCUCUUGAAUGCAUAAGUUCUAAAGGGGCAAGUAAAAGUUGUCUUUUCUUGAUCAUCUAGAUAAAUAACUAUCUAAUUAUAUCUCGAAUACCCAUCUAAGAAACAAAAAUAUUUUUGCCCUUGUAAUGUUUCUAACAUUUGAUCUAAGAAUGAAAGAGGGAAGUGAUCUUUUCUUGUUACUACAUUAAGCCUUUGGUAAUCAAUGCAUACCCUCCAUCUUGUGGUUAAUCUUGUUGGUACAUUCUCUCCUUUCUCUGUUCGUGUCACAUUCCAACCCGAUUUUUUUUGUACGACUUGUGUUGGACUCACUUUGGGCUAUCAGAAAUAGGGUAGAUGAUCCCUACAUCAAUCUAUCUUAUAAUCUCUUUCUUCACUACCUCUCUCAUGGUAAAGUCUCCUUUGCAUCUUAUGACUAAGUUUCACAUUAUCUUCAAGGUAAAUUUGAUGCAUACAAAUGUCUAAAUUUAUUCCCUUGAGGUCUACCAUUGUCCAACCAAUUGCUCCCUUAUGAUUUCUUAAAACCUCGACAAUCCUGUCCUUGUGUUCCUCGGUCAAUGAUGCUGAAAUGAUUACAUAUAAGGUUUGGUUAGGCCCAAGAAAAACAUAUUUCAUUGAUUCGAGUAAUUUUUUAAAUUUAAAUCAAGAGCUUGUUCUAAUGAUGGCCUUAAUGAUAUUUCUAUGUUUAAAGUUUGUAGUUUUAUGUUCUACAUAUGCACAAGUUGAUUUGGAAUCAGUCACAUGUUGAACCCAAUUGAUCUCUUCAACGUGUCAACACUAUCAACUUCCUUCAAUUCAUCCACAUCUCGAUAGGGAAUUUAGUGCUGCAAAAUACAUUAAAUGCAAUGGUCUUAUCUUAUCAUUUGAUAUUAAUUAUUCCAUUUUCACAAACUAUGUUUGACUUAGUUGUGGCAAGGAAUUGUCUACCCAAAAUGAUUGGUGCAGGACAUAAAUCAUCUCUAAAAAGCAUAUUUAAGAUCAGAAAGUCGGCAGAGAAACAACAACCCUUCACAUCAAUAAUGACAUCCUCCAAUAAACCUUAAGUUUUUACUGAUCUAUCUCCUAGCUAGAGAACAAUAGGGGUCUCCUUAACCUCUUCCAAUUGAAAUUGAUUAAAAACUUUAGUGGGCAAUAGGUUCACACUUGCUCCUAGAUUGAGUAGUACAUUGAAAAAUAUGUUUUCUCCAAUUCUACUUGAAACUAGGGGUGCUCCAAGAUCUUUAUUUUUUCUAGGUAAGGAAUGAGUAAUCACUGCACUUGCCUCUUUGAAAAGAGUAAUCCUCCAAGGUGAUUUGCAAAGUGUGUAAAGGUUUUUCAAGAGUUUACCAUAGGAGGGAAUGUGCUUAAUUGCAUUGACCAAGGGAAUGAAAAUUUGAAUCUGCUAAAAUAUUUUUGUUAACUCAUCAUGAGGCUUCAUCCUAGUUCUCAUCUUAGGUUCUAGGACCUUAAGGAAUGUGAUGGAAGACGGGGCAAGAAUUCCUGUACCUGAUCAAUAAAACUCAAGACCCAGAAAGGGAGAGUCGAACUGAUUCGAUAAGAAUAUAUGGACCCUAGACUCUAGGUCUGACCACAUAACCUAAGUAUAGGCAGGCAUACCAAUAUGCACUAUCAGCUCAAGACAACCUAGAGAAACACUUCACGAUGGUAAGUGUGAGGCCCUCUUGGUCCACAUCCGAGCAGACGGUAGAACAAUUGUUGUGAGGUAGCCUAGGGUUGUAGCUCAUGAACGGUGACAAAUCUAGCGUAGUGUCAGAAGUCAUGAUCUGAUAACUGUCAUAUCUUGUCUACGUUGUCUUGAUGGCGAUAGAGACGAGCCAAAAAAACCCUUCAAGAGAUAAUUAAACUUAAGAGGAAGGGGUACGGAGCUAACCUUCGGGGCUGCGUAGCCUGAUAGGUUGUGACGGAAUAGAGAUUCGACGUAGGUAGAGACGUUUGGUGAAAAUCAAUGCUCAGUGUCGAUAAUUGGUCUUGGUCGAGAGUCGUAGUCAUCAUCGUCAUAAGGCAUGGCACUGUCGGCGCAGACGUGGGCCCGCUGGUGGGCCAAAGGGCACGCUAGCGGGCAUGGGCCCGCUGGUGGGCCGAAGGGCAUGCUAGCACACGCGCGUGGUGCACGGCAUGCCCUAGGGCACACGGGUAGGGGCACCAGGUGGGUGCGCGGGCUGCAAGAGCCGACGCGCGCGGCGCACGCAGCGGCAGUGCUUCGGCGAGAAGGCCGAGCAUCUGCGGUGCUUUGACAAGAAUGCCAAGUGUUAGUGGCGCUUUGGCGGGAAUGCCAAGUGUUAGCGUUCGGCGGGAAGGCCGAGUGUUAGUGGUGCUUUGGCAAGAAUGCCAAGCGUCAACAGCACUUUGGCGGGAAUGCCAAGCGUGCGUGGUUGGGCAGAGACCAAACCGUCACCGGAAGGAUCGGCCCUCUCUGAUGGUGCCGGGAAACAGAGUAGAGGACGGAGAUGAUCCGGCCGACAAUACUAGGGAGGGUUGAGCUCUCCUGGUCUAAGUGGCGCUGGAAACAACACGACAGCGACGGGGCAUCGGGAAACUCCGGCAGGGCCUGUGAGGAGCUUGGACUGGUUCUGGCUCAUCGGCACGGCUGUAGGGUCUCUCCCGACGUUGGCAGCAGGUUGGUGUUCGUCGGCGAAUGGCCAGUGACUAGGUGGAGCAGCAGAGGGCGGCCCCGGUAAGUUUGGGGUGGAGUUCCGGAGGAAGAGGCAGCAGUCAAAUCAGGGGUCAAGAGACUCUAGCAGAGUGCUCGGCGACGGCUCAUAGAGAGGCGAAGCGAGCCCCUUUCGUCACGAGGGCGUGACAGGGUUCCAGUAGAGGCGGCAGUGGCUGUAGUGGCAACCAUGAUCAUUUUGUCUGGUGAUGGUGGCGAACUCCUGAGCAGCAAUGAGAUGGCUGGUGGCGAUAGUGGUCUCAUGUGGCAGCGGGACUUCUCGAGCAGCAGCGUCACGAGGAACAAAAUCCUCGAAGGGGGUAUCGAUGGCCUUCCUCUUCCUCCUUCCCUUCCCUUCCUAUCCUAGAUCACGGAGAAGCUACUCACAAAAUGAUAAUCUCUCUCAAAAAUAUACGGCACUCUCUUGAGGGGGGGUCCUACCUCCCCUUAUAUGGCAGCCCACAAGUGGGCUAAGGGGAGGUGGGCCUACUUGAGGCCCUCAAGCCCAUAAGCCACAAAUGCUACAAAAGGGGCUUAUUGGGCCUCUUGAAGAGAGACCCAAUAAGCUCCCCUAAAAGGAGAAAGAGGGCCCUCUUAUGGUGCUUAAGUGGGCCUCAAAUGAAGACCCAAAUAAGCCCCAAAAGAGGCCCAAAAGGAAAGACACAUAGGUCCCCCCCCCCCCUAGGGUUGUAAUUGGGCCUUAGAGAGAGACCCAAUAAAACCCUAAAAAAAGGGAGACACAAACAACAACACACACACAUAGAAUUAGGCCCGCUAACACACAAACAUGAGGCCCAACAAGUCAAUGUGAAAAUACAAAGAAAGAUAAGAGUGAGCUGGGCUCAUCGUUGUUGCGGAGGUAGAAUGUCGUCAUCUUGAAGGGCUAGGCCGUGUAGCAAAAGCCAGGCUCCUUCAUCUUCUCAUGUCCAUCAAGCUGAACUCAGACUGCCAGUGUCUCUUGAGCUGAUGGAGACAGGUCCCACUCGCCAUCAAAAUGGCACUACCUUAGCCUUCCCCAUUAGACCUGUGAUGUCUAUCUUCUCUCCAUUCUUAAUCUCCUUAGACCUUAUUCUUCUUCUCUUUCCUCAAAAAACAAAUCAUCAUUUUGCUAACCUAUGGUGGGUGUGCUUUUGCUAUUACCCUCAUAUGAAUCUUUGAGAAUUUUUUCACUCCUCAAUAUAGUUACAGCCUCUACAUUUUCAAAAUUUGUGGAAGAUGGUAGUUGUGACAUCGAAGCUUGAUGCCUUGCAAAAUUGACACUCUUAUUUUGUGGAUUAGUAAUAGGCUGAUUUGGGAGCUGUCCUAGCUUCCUCCUAGGAUUUGCAAUAGCUAACUUUCUUAUUUCUUUUUCUUAAUUUUGAACAUUUUGUUGAUGAUACAGUUGUAUGAUAAGUCUUCAUUAUCAUGAGUUAAUAAUUAGUAAAUGGUAUAGUUUUAACCUUAACUCAUGAUAAAUAGACUUAUAUUUAUGUUAAAGUGUGAAAAGUGGUUUUUAGUUGAUUAACGUGAAUUUUUGAGUAAUUAUAUGAUUUUAUACACAUUUAUAUAAUUUUUAUUGUCUUACUUUUGAGAUAAAUAAAGAAAAAGAAAUAAAAAUAAAAAAUAUAACAAAAUAGGGCGGACCCACCAGCUAGUUAGGCCCACAAGCGGGUCGAAAUUGUAGUCAGGGAGGACUUGCGAGCAAGGGCUUGAGCAGCAAGGAUCAAUAAAGGCACGUGUGUGCCACUCCCCUUCCACGUCACUAGUGAUUAGCUGACUAUGGGGCAAGGAAUGGUUGUACACACGUGAGAAAGAGACUUGAUUCAAAUGUAAUAUUACUAUAUAUUCGUUUGAAACUUUGACGCACAAGUGAUGUAAGACUAAACCCGUGUCACACUUUCCCCAUAAAGGAUUCAAUAAUUUUAAUAUCUAAAAGACCCCUUAUUUAUAACAGAGAUAUACCAUGAUGACAUCAUUUGAUAAAAGUAUUAGAGUACUUAUGUCAAUCUUUCUCAUGUAGGUGAACAAUUGAUGUAGGUUUGAAUCCUCCCAAAGUCAAAACUUAUAUUUUUUUUAACUGAUUACUGCAACUUUCUUGUAGAUCAUCGAUGAAGGAUUAAGCAACUAGAAUCAUUAGAUCAUCGACAAAAAUCUCAUCAACGUGAUUCGUGAGGCAUUGUUCCUAAAAUUGUUGAAUGAUUCGUGAUAAAAGGAUUGCAAAUCCAUCAAGUAAAGCAUCUCCAAUUGAUCGACGAAUAAAUUGUCGUCAGGAAGAGGAUGAUCUGCAGAGAGAUAAGUUGCCACCUCCUGAGAGCAUACCGGAUGUGAUGAAGAGCCUCUUCUUGCUAUGCGGACUUGAGGAUGAAGCUCCUUCACACACACCCCACCUCCAUCCAACUCCUCUACGUUGGGUGACAGCCGCUGGAGAGCUGGGAGUCACUAUUUUUCCGCUCUAUCAAGUGACAACCGCCAGAGAUGAUUUGAUGACCCAUUUCAUUGAUCUCUAGACUUCGCAAUGAGAUCUAAAAAUUACCCACAUCAUCGUUAUCUAAAGAGAGCCUUUGAGGCUGUAGACACUGCAUGACUAUUUUCUUGAACACUUAGGAUUCCACUACAUUGCUGACACAUUGCCGCCGCAACGUCAAAACUCUAUUUUCCUACUUUCAACUUACUUUCUGCUUCAUUUAGUGAUAAUUUGUGUGAUUUAAAUUUACCAAGAUAUAUUUUAUUCUAUUACAAUUUUUUUGAAUUAUACAGAUAUUAAUUUGAUCAAUUAAAUUGUUAAUAAAGCUAGAAAAUAUAUAGAUUUAAAUUGCUUACAUAAGAAUCACUGUGAUGUGACUUAGUCGUAUAUUAAAUCACACAAAUCUAAAAUUUAUAAGGCUAGAAAAUAUGAUUUUUCAAAUAUUUAGACAUAUUUUUAAACAAAUAUAUCAAUUAUAAUUCAAUAAAACUUUGAAGAAUAAUAGUAAUUUUCUAAAUCAAUCAUAGAUAUGUAAUAUAAUAUCUAGUAAUUAUUCAAUUUUUUGUAAAGAAUACUACUUUUUAUGAAUUUUAUACAAAGAAAUGAAAAGGAAAUAUAUUUAAAAUUCACGAAAAAAGGAAAUAAGGGUGUGAAUGACAAGAUGCUGUCAAUGCCCGAUGAACACGAAUCGGGUGGGAAUAGAGUUUCACUUGACAAUUCUUACGUAAGCAAUUACAAAUAAUUUAAUUGAUCAAAUUAAGAUCUAUAAAAGCUAAAAAAGUCAUAAUGAAAUGAAGUAUAUCUUGGUAAAUUUAAAAUCAAAAAAUUAUUGCUAAAUGAAACAAAAAUUAAGUUGAAAGUAAGAAAACAGAGUUCCGACAUCACGAUGGCAAUACGUCCGUGAUGCACCAAAAUCCUAAGCGUUCAAGAGGAUCAUUGUGCAGUGUUCAUAGCCUCGAAGGCUCUCCUUGGACAAAGACGAUGUCGGUAAUCUCUAGAUCUCCUUACAAAGUCUAGAGAUCAAUGAAAUGGGUCGUUGAAUUGUCUCCCACGGCUGUCACCUAGCAGAGUGGAAAAAUGGUGACUUUGCAGCUCUUUGGCGGCUGUCACCUAUAGGAGAGGAGCUGGAUGGAGGUGGGGCGCAUGUUAAGGAGCUUCAUCCUCAAGUCCACACAACAAAAGGAGGCUCUUCAUCACAUCUGGUAUGCUCUCAAGAGGUGGUGACUCGUCUCCCAGCAGAUCGUCCUCUUCUCGAUGAUAGUUUGUUCAUCGAUCAAUCAAAGAUGCUUUACUCGAUGAAUUCACAAUCCUUUUAUCGUGAAUCAUUUAGCAAUUUUAGUAACAAUGCUCUACGAAUCACGUUGAUGAGAUUUUUGCCGAUGAUCUAGCGAUUCUAAUUGCUUAAUCCUUUACCAACGAUCUAUAGGAAAGUUGUAAUAAUCAGCUAAAAAAAAUAGAAAUUUUAGUUCUAGGAGGAUUUGAACCCAUGCUAGUUGCUCGUCUGCAUGAGAGAGAUUGACAUAAGUACUUUAAUACCCUUAUAAAAUGAACAUCAUCAUGGUAUAUCUCUAUUAUAAAUAAAAGGUCUUUUAGGUAUUAAAAUUUUCAAACCUUUUUUGAGAAAGAUGCGACGUAGUUUAAUCCCACAUCACUUGUGUGUCGAAAUUUCAGGCAAAUAUAUAGUAAUAUUACAUUUUGGAAGCAAGUCCCUUCUCUCACAUAUUCGACCACUCCUUGCCCCAUAGUUGGCUGACCAUUAGUGACAUGGAAGAGGGGCGCACACAUGCCUCUAUUGGUCCAAGUCGCUCGAGCCCCUACUCACGGCUACACACUAACUGUACUUUCGACUCACUUGUGGGCCCAACUAGCUGAUAGGUCUCCCUCUAUUUUGUAAUAUUUUUAUUUUUAUUUCUUUUUCUUUAUUUAUCUCAAAAGUAAGACUAUAAAAAUCAUAUAAAUUUGUAUAAAAUCACAUAAUUAUUCAAAAAUUCACAUUAAUUAACUAAAAAUUACUUUUCACACUUUAACACAAAUAUAAGUCUAUUUACCAUGAGUUAAGGCUAAAACUAUAUUAUUUACUAAUUAUUAAAUUAUGGUAAUGAAGACUUAUCAAGGGACAAGGGUGUUGGCCCAGCCAAUAGGCUAGCAUAGUAGGGCCUUAACCUUUUGUAGAGUAAGAAGCACUAUUGCGCUUGAUUUAGGAAGAAUAGGAGACAUACAUACACUAAAUCCAACACAAAAAGACAUGCAUAUGAACCCUGACGACCCAUGACAACUUCUCAGCUACAUUAACAUGGGAACACUUUAGAGAGAGGAUAGAAAAGAAGAGUUGGGAAAACAUGAUUUGUCAUAAAGCACUACCCACAAAAAUAUCUUUGUUCAUUUGAAGACUUUUAUAGAAAAAAGUUCCACUUGACAUGAACAUUAGAAGAAUGGGUUUCCAACUAAGAUCCAAAUACAAUUGUCGUCAACAUACUGUAGAGAAGAAUUUGUAACACAUGUGUUAUUUGAUAGUGAAAGGGCGGAGGAAUACUAGGAAUGGUUCCUAGAAAAAAUUGAGUCCAUUGAAAAAAAGAGAAAAAUACUUUCACCAAUGGCUCCACUUUAUUUUUUAGAAUAGAACAAAAGAAAGUAAAAUAGGAAUAAUGAUAAGGAUCACAUUCUCAUGCCUCAAGUGAGAAAUUUGGAUAGGCUGAAGCACAAAAGGAAAGAAGGAAUAGCUUCAUGGCACCCUUCAUCACAUGUAAAUGUACAAAAUGGGUGGUGGAAUCAAGAAGCAAGGCAUCAUUGAGAUCUGAGGAAGAAUCGUUAAAAACAUGAAAUAUUUGGGGCCUAAUUGAAUGAUCAAUUAUUGAAAUGGAAAUAGGUAAAUGGUAUCUCCAAAAAGGUAAAUAUAAGAUGAAUAUAGAUGGCACAUCCAAAUGAAAUCCAAGACCUGUUGGGGGGGGGGGGGGGUUACUUGAGAUCAUGAAGGCCAGAUGAUUGGGGCCUGCUCCCUCAUAUAUGGACAAGAUACAUGCAUGGAAACUGAGUAUAGAGCAUUAGCAAGUGGCCUCUUAUUAUGUUAUAAAUGAAAUAUUAGCCAAGUAAUAAUAGACUCUCAAACUCUUGCAAAAAUGUAAAAAAAGAAAUAUGUAGGCAAUGAAAAUUCAAGACAUGGUGGAACAUAAUAAAAAAAAAACCUUUUUAUAUCAUUGAGAUCUCCCAUUAGUAUAAAAAAGGUAACUCUAUGACUGAUUUUCUUACUAAUGAAGGCAUAAUGAACAAAGAAUUCUAGAGCUUGUAGGAAUUGCUGUAGAUGGGAAGAGGCAUCUUUAGUCUUGAAAAAUAGGGACUUCGAAACAUGAGAAAGACAAGAUGAGUAAGGAAAACAUGAGUCAUAGAGGCAUGUAUCUUCCACUCUGAUUUAUACACGACUGUACAAUAUUGAUCAUAUGAGUAAAUUACUAGAAAAAUGUCAAAAGAAUAGAAUUUCAUGAGAGAUAUGAAAUGAUAGUAAAACCAUAGAUGAUUGAUUAGGAGUCACUAUUGAAUUUGAAUGCACAACAAGCAAAGCAGAGGACAUAAAGCUGCAAAAGAAGGCAAGGGGAGGUAGGGAAUUAGAGCAGAUCUACAAGAAAUAACAAAUCUGAAUAAUGUUGAGUUUUCAAGGAUGAUGGUUGAUAAGUCUUCAUUAUCAUGAGUUAAUAAUUAGUAAAUAAUAUAGUUUUAGCCUUAACUCAUGAUAAAUAGACUUAUAUUUGUGUUAAAGCAUGAAAAGUGGUUUUCAGUUGAUUAACGUGAAUUUUUGGGUAAUUAUGUGAUUUUAUACGAUUUUUACAGUCUUAGUUUUGAGAUAAAUGAAGAACAAGAAAUAAAAAUAAUUUGAUUAAUUGAGUCGUUGUGAUUAAUUUGAUUAAUGUGAUUUUAUAACGUGAAAAGUCGUUGUUUACCAGAUAUUAUAUUUCCUUUUCUUUUUGUGAAUUUUAAAUAUAUUUCCUUUUUAUUUCCUAGUAUAAAAUUCGUAAGAAAAUCGUACUCAUUGAGAAAAAUUCUGAAUAAUUACCAGAUAUUAUAUUACAUCCCUGUGAUCGACCUGGAAAAUUACCGCUAUUUUUGGGAUUUGUAUUGAAUUAUAAUUGAUAUAUUUAUUUAGAAAUACUUCUAAAUAUCCGAAAAUUCGUAUUUUCUAGUUUUAUAAAUUUUAAAUCUGCGUGAUUUAAUAUACAACGACUGAGUCACGUCAAAUUUUGGCGCCGUUGCCGGGGAUGUAUUGCAUAAUAUUUAGUAUUUUUCUGUUUUUCUCUUAGAGUACACAAAAAAAAAACUUUACUCUUGUUUUAUUUUCUUUUUGCUGAUUUUUAUUAGAAAAAGGGAACAAAAAGAAGCACGGCAAGGACUGGAGCAUCCUGAAGGAGGGUAACAGUUACUAACUUUUUCCCUCGAAUUUAUUGAUUUUUAUGCAUGGUAGAAGAUCCUUGCAUCAAAGGCUAGAAAAUCCUUUCAUUAUUUCAUUCAAAAAUAAAAAUCCGAAAGAAAAAUUAAUUUUGAUGGAUCCUGAAGGAAGUACAGGUCAAACUGAGAACAAUCCUAUGGCCAUGAAAAAUCAUUAUAUCCCUGAUUCAUUUCAAAGAGCAUCCAAUAUUAGAGUCCCAUUAGCACCUACUGUUAAAUUCAAAAUAAAUCCAUGAAUUUUUCAAAUGCUCCCUAAUUUUCAUGGAUUGCCUUUAGAGGAACCUCAUCAGCACUUGGAAAAAUUUCAUAUGGUCUGUGAUUUAGUUAAUCUCCCUCAAGUUACACCGGAAAUUAUUAAGAUGAAAUUAUUCCCUCAUACACUUAUGGACAAAGCUAGUCAUUGGCUAUCCACAUUAGAUAGAGAAUUAACUAGCUGGAAAGAUAUAGAACAGGCCUUUCUUCGAAAAUUUUAUCCCUUAGGAAAAACUCAAAAUAUGAGAAAACAUAUAUGGAGUUUUUCUCAAAGACCAGGAGAAACUUUGCAUGAGACAUGAGAAAAAUUCAAAGAUUUACUUAGAAAGUGUCCUCAUCAUGCUAUACCCAAGUGGCAACUCAAUAGAAUUUUUUAUGAUGGAUUAUUAGAACAACAUAGAAAUAUGGUCGAUUCUAUAUGUGGAGGAGCUUUUAUGGAGAAAACUCCUGAUGAGAUUUACAGUCUUUAUGAGAAUUUAAGUGAAAAUUCUAGAGAUCAAGCCUCUUUUGAAUUAUAUGACAAGAAAAUGAAAAAGAGAAAUUUAUGAAUUGCAUCAUGAUGAUAAUUCUAAACUUAGAAAUGAGGUUAAUCAGAUUAAUCAAAGAUUAGAAAAAAUUGAUUUACUUAUUGAUAAUAUUAGAAAGCCUUUUAACCCUCAACUUAAUUCGAAUAGUACAUGUCCUAUGUAUGGUGAAAAUGAUUAUUCUGAACUUCAAUGUUAUAAUUUAGAUCAAUCAUUUCACCCUAUGCGAGAACAAGUGCAAGUAGCUCACGGUUUUAAUAGAAAUAGGGAAAAUUUUUCAAAUUCUUAUAAUCCUAAUUGGAGGAAUAAUUUUUCAUGGAGAGACCCAAAUAAUAUUCAAAAUCCAGAAGCACUUAGACCCAAUUCAAACUCUGAAUUUCGUCCAAAACAAGAAAAUAGAUUUCAGAAAAAUCAGCCCUCUCAAACCCAACCUGAUGCUAUGGAAAUGAUGCAGCAAAUGAGCCAAAUGAUGCAACAAACUAUGAAUCAAAUGAUGCAACAAAUGAUGCAGCACCAGAAACAAAUUAUAGAGGCUCUUGAGAAUAAGAGAGAAGAGGGACAGCUACCUAGUCAGCCCAUAGAAAAUUCAGAAAACUGUCCAACAGUAAGAUUUCAGCAAGAAGAGUCUAGCUGGAUAAAUUUAGAAAAAAACCCACGAAAUGAAAAUGUUAGGGCAGUGAAUAUAUUGAGUGAGAAUAUUUUACCUGAACCUUAUUUCCAAUUAUUAGAAGAAAUUGAUGAUCCAUUAGAAGUAAAUAAGAAUAUUAAGGCCAAAAAUGUAGUAGCAGAAAAUUUGAAUAAAAUCAGUUAUUGCUCACAAUUGAUGAAUGAAUAUAGUGAGGAUGAUGAGGAGAAAGAACCCUUAGAUGAAGAAACAGCGACUGAUCAUAGAAAAAUCAUCCAAAUUUCAGUAGAAGGGAGUAAGGACAGAAAUGAAGAAAAAUAUAUUUCAGGGGAGGAAAAAUCAAUUGAUUUGGGAGAUGUAGGAGACGAAAUUAAUGAAUCUAAUCAUAAUUUUGCAGCCAUUGAUGUUGAUUGUGAGGAUGAUGAUGUAUAUCAUAUACCAAAAUUAAAAGAUAGCUCUUGGGAAGAUGAAGAAUUUGAUGAGUUGAGAAACGAAAAGCUAGAAAAAGAAUUGAUUCAACUAAUGGGAACAAGUGAAAAUAAUAGAUGUGAAUAUAGAGAUAAUUUUGGAGGAGAAAAUUUGAAUUUUACUGAAUUCAUUAGAUCUGAGAUUAAAGAAGACAAUCCUUCCAUCCUUCAAAACCCACAGCCCAUUAGAAUUAUUUCUAAGCUUGAAAUAUUUCACUCCUCACAAAUUGAACAAAUAUGUAUGGAAGAUAAAAUGGAGCAGGGGAAGAUUAUGCAGAUAAAAGAAGACAUUAAGAAAUGGGUGAGUGGAAGAAUUAGAGAUACCAAUUUAGAUGAAAAAAUUUUAGAUUGGGCAAGAGCUAAUCUGAAAAUUAUACGGCCUGAUCACAUUUUAUGGUUUAUUAAUAGAAAGUAUUUAUUAAUGAAUGAGAGCCUAACAAAACAAGAUAGAAAUAAGGAAAGAUUCUUUUCAAAAUGGAAAUAUUAUUUUUGGGAAAAUUUUGUUAAUUUCCAUUUUGUUUUGGCUGAAAGUAUGUCAAGGUAUAUAUAUGAAGUAUAUGAAUUUAUGCUAAAUCUGAAAAAGAAUAUCAUGAAACUUACCUUGGGAUACAAAUAUAUUUUGAUGGCCAUAGAUCAUCUUAUAUGAUAUAAGAGCUGUCCAGUUGGAGACAUUAAAUUCAGCGCUGCAUGGGAGGCAACCCAUGGUUUUUAUUUCAUUCUGUUUGAUUUUUUUAAGUUUUUUUAAUUUCGCAGUACUUGUUUCUGUAUUUGUUUUUCUUUCGAAAAAGUGCAGGAGGAGGAGUGUAAGAUGAAGUGGAAAAUUAAAAACGAGGUUGAGGUGAUGUCUUUCAGAGCUUCAUCAUUUAUGAAAAUAUUUUUAAUGCUUAACUUUGCAGAUAUGCAUGCUUCACUUGAAAAUUAUAUUUUCUGCAUAUUCUGUAUCGAGUUUUCUGUGUCAUUGAGGACAAUGUCAUUUUUAAGUUGGGGGUGAAGUAUUCAUUAUUAAUUUAUGCUGUAGGACGAUUAAGAACAUGUGUUUGCAUUUUAUUCAACUUAGAACAGCAACUAAAAAAAUAAAAAAAAUCGCCGAAUUCGGAAAAACUGCAACAUCUAUUUUCUGGUUUUCUGUCAGGAACAACAGACUGUCAAAAACAGCAGAUAAAAAAUAAAAAAAAAAAACCCGAAAUUUGAAAUUAUAGAGACCCUUUUCUCACAUUUCAAUCCCCUAGAUAUAUAUUACUGAAAUUCGAAAUUACAGCUAUAAAGAAGAUAGUUUUGAUUUAUUUUUGACAAAUUUAUUGCUGCUAAAAUAGAACUGAAAACAGAAAACAGAACUGUCAGAACUAUCUAAUUUACAAAUUCCUUACAUCAUAUUACAUGCAUGAAAAAUUAAAUCAAUUAGAUUGAUUGAUACCAAAAGAUACUAGGAAGAUUAUUAUUGAGUCAAAAGAAUGAUCUAGUAGCAUGAAAUGUUGGAAUACUCCUUGGAUACAUGAUAGAUAACAUGGAUUUGAUUUUACAAAUUUUCACUUCAUGAUCUUGAUGGAUAAUAUUUACUUGAUGUGAAAAUUUGAUUGAUCAUUUGAGUUUAAUGGAGAUUUUUGCACCCUGAUCUAUAGGACUUGUGAGGAGAAAUCACUUAUUUCAAAAAAAAAAAAAAAGAGAGCAAUGUGAAAAAUCUAGAAACGAAGAGUACACAUGGAGGGUGUGAGACAUCAUUCUCAUUGUCGAAAAUCGUGUAUAGAAAAACACUUGCUGCAAAAUAAGUGGAUAAAGUGAAAGCCCUGAAAAUGAAGAGUACACAUGGAGGGUGUGAGACAUCAUUCUUAUUGUCGAAAUUUGUCUACAGGAAAAGCUACUUAUCCACUAUAUAUAUAUAAAAAAAAAAAAAGAAGGAAGAAAUAAAGUGCAAACUUCAAAAAUCAAGUCAUAGAAAAAGGGAAAUGUAAGAUCAAUAUUAUUCUUGGAUGAGUAUUGAUAAUUGGAACAUCUUGUAAAUACAUCUAUGAGUGAAGAAGUGAUAAAGAUGUGAAUAGAAGAAGUGAAGUCUAGAUUGUUAUUCCAAGGAGUGUUUAAACAUUUAAGUGCUUGGCAUCAUUCUUAAAUACUUGAUAUAAGAAUCCAAAGUGUUUAAAGGUGCAUCAUUUCUAAUUGUAUUUUUUUUUCUGUAUUGAAAUAUGAUGUUUGAGAUUUGUAAAUUUUUAUUUUCGUAAUUCCAUUGCUAAGGGACUAGCAAUGAUUUAAGUUGGGGGGUGUGAUAAGUCUUCAUUAUCAUGAGUUAAUAAUUAGUAAAUAAUAUAGUUUUAGCCUUAACUCAUGAUAAAUAGACUUAUAUUUGUGUUAAAGCAUGAAAAGUGGUUUUUAGUUGAUUAACGUGAAUUUUUGGGUAAUUAUGUGAUUUUAUACGAUUUUUACAGUCUUAGUUUUGAGAUAAAUGAAGAACAAGAAAUAAAAAUAAAAAUAUUGCAAAAUGGGGGGAAUCCGCCGGCCAGCCGGGCCCGCAAGCGGGUCGGAAGCGCAGUCGGGGAGUAGCCGCGAGCAGGGGCUCGAGCGGCUUGGCUUGGAUUAUAGGGGCACGUGUCGCCGCUCCCCUUCCUCGUCACCGGUGGUCAGCCGGCUGUGGGGCAAGGAGUGGUCGUACACGCGAGAGGACUUUGCCUAGAAAGCUAACUUUACUAUAUAUUCGCCCGAAUAAUCGGCCACAACCGAUGUGGGACUAAAUCCCCUUGUAAGGGGGGGCGACCGCCGCGGGUUCGAAUCCUCCAGAGUCAAAAUUCAUAUAUUUUUAACUGAUUAUCGCGACUUUCCUGCAGAUCGCCGGUGAAGGAUUAAGCAACCGGAAUCGCUGGAUCAUUGGCGAAAAUCUCGUCAACGCGAUUCGCGGAGCAUUGCUACUAAAAUUUCUGAACGAUUCGCGAUAAAAGGAUCGCGAAUCCAUCGAGUAAAUCAUCUCCGAUUGAUCGACGAACAAGCCGUCGUCGGGAAGAGGACGAUCCGCCGGGAGACCAGUCGCCACCUCCUGAGAGCGUACCAGAUGCGAUGAAGAGCCUCCUCUUGCUGCGCGGACCUGAGGAUGAAGCUCCCUAA